UUCGCCUCCUUCGACGACUUUCCUUACUGUCGGGUCAGACGACGAGAGGGAGCUCGCUGGUUGCAAAGUAACCAUUUUCUCUCAUUCGCGCUUCUUCGGCUAAAACCCCGUAAAUCAGCCAAACACCCGGACUUAGUCCUCCUUUGGUUCGGCGUAAUUACGCCUUCCCCGUUUUGAAUCGGGGAAAACAGUUGCAGUUUUAGGUUUGUUUAGACAGUUUUUGUAAAAAUCAUUUUUCUAAACCUCCGUUUAUUUGCCGAUUUGAAAUGAGAUAAAUUAACGCUUAUUCCUUCCUAAUACCCGAGUUCCGAAACAAAAAAAGUAGACUUUGCCCUCACCACGUUCGCACGUCCCCGAGCAGCCUUUACUUUCGCCUCCUCCAGAACGAAUUUUUCCUUGUCAUUUCUCCAUUCCCUCCAUCAUUUCGGAUGCUAUUCUCUCAUUCCAACUUCAAUCCUGCUCCAUUGCAAGAUUUUCGGCCUGCGACUUCUUCUAUUCUCGGCAGUGAGGAGGUACGUUUUAGCUAACCUAGAUUGGAUCGAUCAUCGCCUCCCUUUUGUUUCAUAUUCUCAUUCUACAAUUACCUGCUCUUAAACAUCUCAAAACUGCUCUUAAAAGCUUCUACCGGUCAGAUAGCAGAGUGUGCAAUUGGGAGUUGCAGAGCUAGUGAUGAUUCGUGCAACAGAGGAAGGGAGAAGAGAAAAAUGAAUUACGUCAGCAUGGAUGAAUCAUGGCUGCAAAUUCAAAGUGAAAUAUCGACCUAGAGACGGAAAUACUGCAGUCGCCUAUUGUUUGCGGAAGACCUCAGAGAUUAGUGAUGCGGAAGGUUUAUUGGAGUUUGGACUCGAGCAGUGGCCUCGUUAAAGUCCGGAUAUACUUAAUUUAAAUAAGAGGGUAGGGCUUUCUUGCGCUUUGGUGGUCGACUAGGUUUCCGUGAUUAAAUAGCUAUGGAGGAAGAUCUGCAAAAUUUCCAUUGGUUGCUAGAAGGAUUGUGCGCUGAUGAGUUGCGAGGGCAAGGAGAAGGGAGGUUACAAUCCGUCAAUUUAUCCUUUGCAAAAAUGAAGUCUGGUCAUCUUAUUGAAGUUUCCAAUGUUAUUUUUAAAGAAUUGCUCAGACAGUUUGAAAAUUUAAAUUUUUUCCUGAGAUGUCCAUUAGAUGGAGUUUCUGGACUCAAUUCAAAGGUCCAAUGCACAAUAGAAGGAUUUAUAGUUCUGCUGAGGUGUUGUUUGAAGAUCUUGCAGUUUCUUGAGUUCGACAUGAGCUUUUUGUGGGAGAAAUGUGGGUAUCUAUUAAAGAUCAUUGGAAAGUUUUGCCCUGAAAAUUUGGUUUUGAGUUCUCAUGGCUGCAGUGUAGUAUCAGCUAGAGACCCAUUUUCACAGUGCUGCAGUUCUCUUGGAGGGAUCAGUGAGGAAGCUGAUCCACUGCUUAGUUUGUUUCCCUUAAUAUUUGAGGUAUUCAUAGUCGAGUUCUCAGAGAAUUUAAGAUUGAGAAAGCAUCUUAUUUCUGUAAAUGUUUUAACUGCUAAUUCUGGGAAGCUCUGUGCAUGUCGUUACACUCAAGCUCGGACAUGUAUUUUUCUAGAGCUUGUAUUCGGUCAUUUUAUUCAAUUAAUCAGAAAUGACCUGGACUAUAGUAGGUUCCUUCAUUCGUUAUCUGGUUCAAGUGACAUAGAUAGAAUGAUCCCUGACAUAUCCUUGGAUGCUUCUCUGAAAUUAAUCAGUAGCCCCUUUAUGUUAUCAGCUCCAUUUAUUCUUCAAGCACAACUUAUUCUUUUAGCUUCUAGAUGUGUUAGUACUCAUCUUCCUAUUGAAGGUAGAAAGUCAGAUACUUCAGCAAUCAGUUGUUACAUCGACCCAUUUGAAAUUUCUGUCAAAUUGUAUUUGUCAUACUUAUCUACUUUGCAACUUGAUGCUGUUAUUUUGGGAGCUAAUGGUAGAUCAAAUCAUGGCGUCAAAGCGCUGUUCCCUUCAGGCUCAAGUAUUCUUAAAAUGACCUGGGGUAAAUUCACUCAUCAAGCUAAUGACUUGGUUGAUUUCUCCCAUCUUUACUCUGAGGGUGUACUCUCUGGCACUAAAUCAGACGUCAUAGCAUUUUCUGCUGCUUAUAUACGAGGGAAUCACCCUUUAAUAGAUCAAUUGUGUAAGGACGCUACCUGCUUGGUUGUAGAUUACAUGAUUGAGAGCAUUAUUCCAAUGAAAGUAUGGAAGCAGAGACACCAUCAAAAUAGAGAGAGGAUUCAACAAGAGGUAUACUGUCUUGCAGCUGCAAUGAAAUUAAUGAAUUCAUCACUUCUGCAUACUAUAUGGCUUUUGAGACAAACUGAGUGUCAUAAUCAAAUGAAAACAUUAAGUGAUAACUUAACCUGUAGGGUAUAUGAAUGUCUCUCUCAAUCUGCUAGUAUUAUUAGGGUCAGUGGGUGUGGAGCAGACCAGGAAGUUCAAAAAUUUUUAUGUGACAUGUUGGGCGCUUAUGGUGGACUGCAUCAGGAGAUAAAAUUUAUGUUGGCACAUAUUUCAAGCUUGUUGGUUUUCAGUUUUAAGAGAAAACUUGAUUUUUUAUGGAAGGGUUGCAUUUCCAUGAUGCUGACAUUAAUGAAUCUUAUCCUAUUCGAAGAGAGAAAUCUUGGUUUGUCAAAAAUAUUUAAGCUCCUUCAAAGUCCAAGUAUGGAUUAUGAGGGCCUGACUUAUAGAAGUACCAGUGUGAUAAUAGCCAGAAACUUGGAAAAAACUCGAAUGCUUUACUUAAAGAAUGAAAUUAGAUAUGUGCAUUUUAAAGAAAACAGCACUGAUUCUAGCAAGAGAAGUGAAGAAGACCAGCAAUCAAGGACCUGCACUGUGGAUGGCAUGGAUCACAGUGAAACCCAAGGAAAAACAAGCAAUGGUGAGAGGUUUAUCGAAUGCGAUCCAAGCUAUCACAGAAAUCCUUCCGAAUGGGAAGAUUUAGUUGACUUCAUCGAGUGUAGCCCGGGGAAGGAUUACAGUUCCUGGUUGAAAAAUCGAAACAAGUUUAACAAGUGGAAACAAGAAAAAAGUGCUAUUUUUAAGAGUCAGAAGAAGAAGAAAAGAACCUACAUAAAAAAGUUUUAUAAUUUAAGAUCAAGGGUUGAUGCCAGUGAGAGUAAUGAAGUAAAAUCCCAAGACCAGCGAUCAAGAAAGUCUUGUGGCAGAAGGCAUCAAGGACAGAGGGGUGCAUGAAACAAUGCUUGUGAAACAUAUUACUGCAUCUUAAAUCAUUUGUUUGCGGGGCGGAACCAAUCUUAAUUUUCAGGGGAGGGCAAAGUUACAAGUAAAAGUAUAGAUAUUUUUUUUUAAUAAAUAACUUUACAACCAAAAUUUGUUUCGGGGGUGCUAUCCCUUGGCCCUAGUUCAUUUCCUUGAUUGUUUGCUCGCUUGACAUAUAUGUAGGGGUCCAAGGGGGCAGUGCCCCCUUGCGGGGUUCGACCUGUCUAGUCAUAUCGCGGGUUCAAGAGGCAGGGCCCCUGUGGGGGUUUCCGGGGGCAGCACCCCCGGAAUAAAUUUUGAUUGUAAGGAUUUUUUUUUCUAUUAUUUAUCUUUGUAAGGAUAUUUCUCUUUUGAUUUUUAGUUGUAUGAAUAUUUUUGGCAUUUUUUUUAAUAAAGUGUGGUUGUAAGGAGUCACGAAUGCAUUUUUACGGAAACAAAGAGAGGGGAGGUGGAGCACAUGGAGUUUGGUUGAGAAAGAAUAUAUAUGAAAUAUUUUUUUGUGUUAAGAAAUAGAGUUUGGUUGUAAAUGAA